UACAAGGUACAUACAAAUUACAUAGUGCAGUGAAAAGAAGUUAUGAAAUAAUUAUGCGUCAUAUACUUUGGUAUACUUUGCCUAGGCCUAGGGAAAGCGGGGUGGCCUGUUAAUUCGAGAUGGUUGAUUAUUUAUCGCAACCUAACUGCAGCUAGGUACUAACCUGAUACUAACCUGAUUACCUAUUUAACCUACCUAACCUAGGUUAGGUAGUUGCUAGUUCACCCGCCAGCUUCCGAUUCUCUCCUCUACCAACUCUUACGCGCUCUUUUGACUCGAUUUUCGAUUUUCGAUUUUCGAUUCUCGAUUCUCUCGGUUUCUCAAAGCCUUUCCCGACUUCCUUCCUUGGACACUCCCUCGGAAAGGCUAACGAUUAGCAAGCAACAACUGAUCAUGGCUACAGUACCGCACUGUCUCUACUGCUUCGAGACGCUUGCUGCGUACCUUGAGGGCCGCAAGUCUAUGAGCCUUAACGAGAUUGUGAACACGUGGGUCGAGUACAACAAGGAUACAGAAGCCGGCGUCGAAGAUGCAAGCAAAUACGAAAGCCUCGAGAAGCGCAUCCCCGCUCUUAGACGAGUAGUCGGUUCUGAGUCCUCCGAAACAAGCAGCUCGUCCUCGCCUUCUUCAGGCUCAACCGUUUCCCUUGCAACCGACACAACCACAACCUCUACAGAUUCACUCCGAGAACCCAUUAUUACCGAAUCCCCGCUAUUCGUCACCUGGAACACCGUGUCCUCUCGCACCGGCAAUACUUCCCUACGAGGCUGCAUCGGGACGUUUGAAGCGCAGGAGCUUGACGAAGGACUAUCAUCCUACGCCAUCACCUCGGCCAUCAACGAUAUGCGCUUUGAUCCUGUCAGCAAGCGAGAAUUGCCCUCUCUCGAGGUCGCCGUUACGCUACUAACCGAUUUCGAGGACUGUGAGGACUCGAUGGACUGGGAGCUCGGUACGCACGGACUGCGCAUAAGCUUCUCGGAACGAGGCCGCCGUUACGGCGCAACUUACCUGCCGGAUGUUGCUGCAGAGCAAGGGUGGACUAAAGAGGAGACUCUAGUCAGCCUGAUGCGCAAGGCUGGCUGGGCAGGCCGCAAGGAAAAAUGGCAGACCGUUGAGCUCAAGGUAGUGCGCUACCAGGGCAAGAAGAAGUCCUUAUUAUACUCCGAGUACAAGCGCUGGCGCGAUUGGGUCAGCCAGAAGAGCGAGGACAACGACGACGACGAAGACGAAGAAGAUGAGGCAUAGAAAGACAGACAUGCUACAUACACUAUCGCGGGUGCACUCUCACUGGGGAGGUGCAAAUACAUAUUCGGUGGACGGCGUUGGCGCAUGAGGGAUGGAAGGGAGUCUAGAGUUUGGCGUCUAGAACAGCAGCAUCCUAGGUGGGUGAUUUGAUGAUACAGGUAGAUUUUGGUCUUUUUCGGUGCCUUUCCG